AUGACUGAUCUAAUAGCGAUGUUCGCUGAACUUAGUCUCUUCAAUGAUAGGAGUCUGUUGGCAGAACUUCAGGUUAGACCGACAUGGAUUGAUCAGAUCAGAGAUAAACAGAUAAGGGACAAGUCUCUCGAGUUGCAUUUCCGUCAGGCUAAAAGUGGUGUUACUACAGAUUUUGGGAUUAAUAAGGAUGGGGUAUUGUGUUUCCACGGUCAGAUUUGUGUAUCAAAUGAUGGGGACUUGAAGCAGUCUAUUCUGAGCGAAGCGCAUAGUAGCCAUUAUGCUAUACAUCCCGGUGCGAACAAGAUGUACCGAGAUCUGCGAGAAUUAUACUGGUGGCCAGGGUUGAAGUGUGAAGUUACUGACUUCGUUGCUCGCUGCUUCACUUGUCAGCAGGUUAAAGCUGAACAUCAGUUACCUUUGCAUUUGCUGCAGCCGAUUAAGAUACCGUUUAAGGUUAAACUUCAAUACUACUUUCCAUCCUCAGACAGACGGUCAAUCGAAGAGGGUGAUUCAGAUACUGGAGGACAUGUUGAUGAGCUGUGUCAUAUAUUUUCGAGGCAGUUGGGAGGAUUGGGUGAGCGACGUGUUCUGGGGCCGGAGUUGGUUUCGAAAACUGCAAAUAAGGUUCGACUGAUUAGGGAUCGACUGAAAGCAACUUAUGACAGGCAGAAGUCUUAUGCUGAUCUAAAGAAACGUGAGAUAGAGUAUUCAGUAGGAGACUUCGUUUUUCUCAAGGCCUCGCCAUGGAAGAAGAUUCUGAGGUUCAGCCGCAAGGGCAAGCUGAGCCCUCGGCUUAUUGGACCGUAUCAGAUUUUGUGA